AUGUCCUUAGACAUUCCGCCCACCGAAGAUGGCGUCCAACGUGAAUUGACAAUCAAAGAGGAGUACCAGCUCUGGAGGAAGAACUGCCGCUACAUGUACGAGUUUGUCAGCGAAACCGCGUUGACAUGGCCAUCCUUGACUAUCCAGUGGUUGCCAGAACACCACGAACAGGAUGGCGUAAUAGACGCCAAGUUGCUCUUGGGGACACACACCUCAGGAGAGGACACCAACUACUUGAAGGUGGCGUCUACUCAAGUCCCCAGCGCGUUGCCCCAUCCCACCAACAAGGCCAACUCCCGUAUCAAGAUUACCAAGAAGCUUGAAAACGCCUUCGAAAUCAACCGUGCUAGGUACAUGCCGCAGGACUCCAGCGUGGUGGCCACCAUCAACGGUGAGGGCCAGAUUGAUCUCUACAACAUCAAGGAGGACUCCACCAAGGCAUACAGCCACUUGGAGCCCCAUACUGCCAACGGGUACGGAUUGGCAUGGAGCAGCUUCACCAAGGGCCACUUGUUGACGUCCUCCGACGACCAGACAGUGGUUAACACCGACGUGGCUAGUGGCAAGACGGUAUUUUCCAGCUCGACCCACCAGGAUAUCGUGAACGACGCCAAAUGGCACGUUUUGGAUGCAAAUUUGUUUGGAUCUGUUUCUGACGAUAACUAUACGUUCAUUUACGAUGCGCGGACCCCACAAACUCCCAUUUUGAAGCACUACAACGAAGAGUCCAAGGGAAUCAAUUCCAUUGCGUUUUCCCCGUUCUCCCACAACUUGGUGGCAGUCGGAAAUGCCAACUCCAACAUAUGCUUGUUGGACCUCAGGCGGCUAGUAAACAAGGACAAGAGCAGCGAGGGGUUGUUGCACACCAUGAUGGGCCAUUCUGACUCCAUUACCUGCUUGGAGUUCUCGCCCCAUAAGGACGGAAUCAUAGCUUCGGGGUCGCAGGAUCGUCGUUUGAUCAUAUGGGAUCUCUUCAAGAUUGGUGAAGAACAGCAGCAAGAAGAUGCCGAGGACGGAUGUCCUGAGUUGUUCAUGAUGCAUGCGGGCCACACUGGGGCAGUUUCCGACUUGAGUUGGUGUCCUUACAAGGAGUGGACGUUGGGAUCGGUAGCAGAUGACAACAUCGUGCACUUGUGGGAAGUGGGCAAGAGUCUUAUUGACGCUGAUAAGCAGCUGGAAAUCGCUGACACCGACUUGGAGUAG